AUGAAGCCUCUGGUUUUCUAUGGUACUGAGUCAGAGUUUGCGUACGAGUUCAUUAUAGAUUGUCAUGAUAGGCUCCAUAAUAUGGGGGCUUUUGAUAAGUAUAGUGUUGAGUUUGUGACUUUUCAGUUUUUGGUGUUUCUGGAGAAGCAUGUUCCACAUACUUUAAGGGACAGGAAGAAGGACAAGUUUGGUAAUAUUGAUCAAGGGAAGUCAUCUGUUGCUGUUUAUGAGUCCCGUUUUCAUUUCUUGUCCCGAUAUGCUCUUCAGUUGUUGCCUACUGAGGAGGAAAGGAUCAGACGUUUUGUGAAAGUAUUGAACACUGCACUUCAACUAUCAGCUCUUCAGCUUGUAGCCGCUGGGGCUUCAUUCCAGGAGGUAGUGGAACAUGUCCGUGUUGAUGAGGGGAUUAGACAGGAGAGUCAUUCAAAGCAGGCAGAGAAGAAGGCCCGAAGGGGUGGAAAUUUCAGCAGCUCCUUCUCUAGGGGGCAGAGUUCUCAGGUGUAUUCAGGGCGUCCGGUUCAGUCCGCUAUGCAGGUGUCUGUUGGGAGCCCAUCAGGGGCCAGUCAUUAUUCUUCGGGUCAUCAUGGGGGUGUACAACCUAGCUACCCAGGGCAUGGGGGUUAUACCACUUUAUCAGCUUUUGUUCAGCGGCCUACGCUAGACUGUUCUUGUUACGAGUGUGAUACUCCACCUAUUGAUUCAAUUCCAGUGGUACGCAAGUUUGCGGAUGUGUUUCCUGUGGAAUUACCAGGUAUGCCACCUCAUCGUGACAUUGACUUCUGGAUUGAUUUAGACCCAGGGACUAGUCCUAUCUCUAUUACACCCUAUAGGAUGGCGCCAGCAGAGUUAAGGGAAUUGAAAAAACAGUUGCAAGAUCUCUUGGGUAAGGGAUUUAUUUGCCCGAGUGCCUCUCCUUGGGGUGCUCCCCUUCCGGGAGUUUCUGUGUUCUCCAAAAUUGACUUAAGGUCAGGGUAUCACCAGUUAAAGAUUCGGGCAGAAGAUGUUCCUAAGAUAUCCUUCAGGAACAGUGUUUUUAAGCCAUAUUUAGAUUCUUUUGUGAUAGUGUUCAUUGAUGAUAUCCUGGUGUAUGGUCGAAGUGAGGAGGAUCAUGAGAAACAUUUGAGGAUUGCUCUUGGAGUAUUGCGGGAAAAGAAAUUGUAUGCUAAGUUCUACAAGUGUGAAUUUUGGUUGACUUCUGUGUCCUUCUUGGGGUAUAUAAUUUCGAAGAAGGGUAUUAUGGUGGAUCCGAAGAAGGUUCAGGCAGUCAGGGAUUGGUCUAGGCCCACCUCAAUGAUCGAAAUCCGUAGUUUUAUGGGUCUGAUUAAGGCUAAACAGUUUGAGGAUGCUAAGUUGUGUAAAAUUCGUAACAAGGUGUUGUGUGGUGAGGCCAAAGAGGCCUUGAUCGAUAAAGAGGAGGUGUUGCGAAUUAAGGGACGAGUUUGCAUGCCACGUGUCGGUGAUUUGAUCAAGACUAUUCUAGCAGAGGCUUACAAUUUGAGGUAUUCCAUUCAUCCUAGCGCUACUAAGAUGUAUCGAGAUCUGAGACAACAUUACUGGUGGGCUAGGAUGAAGCGUGACAUAGUGGAGUUUAUUGCUCAGUGUUUGAACUGCCAACAGGUAACGUAUAAUGCAGAGAAGUUAGCCAAGUUGUACAUCAGGGAGGUGGUUCGAUUGCAUGGGGUUCUGGUUUCCAUCAUCUCUGACAGGGGCACUACUUUUACAUCGAACUUCUGGAGGACUCUACAGGACGAGUUGGGCACUAGGUUGGACCUUAGCACAACGUUUCACCCUCAGACUGACGGGUAG